AUGGCACACAGACUUCCCACUGUUGUUAUUGACAAUGGCACUGGAUAUACCAAGAUGGGUUAUUCAGGUAACAACGACCCUGCAUUCAUCAUUCCAACAAGUAUUGCAACUCGAGAUGUAAACGUUGUGGGCGGUUCGUCUUCCAAAACUGGUGGUUCAUCUUCAUCUGCUUCAGGUGGUGCAGGCUCUGGUAUGGGCGGUUCUGGCGGUGCUACAAACAAUGUCUCAUCCAAACGAGGCAUUGAAGAUCUUGAUUAUUACAUUGGCGAUGAAGCUGUUGCAAACUCAAAAACAUAUUCCUUGUCCUCGCCCAUCCGUCAUGGCCAAGUGGACAACUGGGACUUGAUGGAAAAGUUUCAUCAAGCUUGUUUAUUCCAAUACUUGCGCUGUGAGCCUGAAGAUCAUUGUUUUCUUUUAACUGAGCCACCACUUAAUGCUCCGGAAAACAGAGAAUACACUGCCGAGAUUUUCUUUGAGUCUUUUGGUGUAAAGGGAAUUUAUAUUGCUGUUCAGGCCGUUCUUGCUCUUGCUGCAUCGUGGACGAGCGGUAAAGGUGAACAGACUCUCACUGGUACCGUCAUUGAUAGUGGAGAUGGUGUAACCCACGUCAUUCCUGUUGCGGAAGGGUACGUGAUUGGCUCUUCUAUCAAGCAUAUUCCUAUUGCUGGUCGUGAUAUCACCUAUUUUGUUCAGCAACUGCUCCGAGAGCGUGAAAACUCGAUCCCGCCAGAAGAAUCAUUGGAGGUCGCGAAACGAAUCAAGGAAAUGUAUUCCUAUGUCUGUCCAGACAUUGUCAAGGAGUUUAGAAAGUAUGAAACAGAAGGUGAAAAAUGGAUCAAGCGUGCUGAUUUUAUUCACAGUAUAACCAAAAAGCCGUAUUCGGUGGAUGUUGGGUUUGAGCGAUUCAUGGCUCCAGAAAUCUUUUUCAAUCCAGAAAUCGUUAGCUCCGACUUUUUGACACCCUUGCCUGAAGUGGUUGAUCAAGUGAUUCAAUCCUGUCCGAUUGAUGUGCGUCGUGGUCUUUACAAAAAUAUUGUUCUUUCUGGUGGUUCUACCAUGUACAAGGACUUUAGCAAGCGACUUCAGCGUGACAUUAAGCGAAUGGUGGAUUUCCGCAUCAAGGCUUCUGAAGUGUCUUCGCAGGUUAAUAUGCAAGCUGAAUCCCAAAUCAAGGCUAAGCAGAUUGAUGUCAAUGUGAUUUCGCAUAAAAAGCAGCGAUAUGCCGUAUGGUUUGGUGGCAGUCUUUUGGCUGAUACUCCCGAAUUCUUUAGCUACUGUCACACCAAAGCUCAAUACGAAGAGCACGGACCCAGUAUUGCACGUUACAACAAAGUCUUUGGAUCGAUCUUGUAAAAAGCCUUUUGAUUAUUUUCCAUUAUUUCUGGCCACUGUCCAUGCCCAAAUUAUCAGACUCGACAAUGACGAUAUUCUGCUUUGAGUUUCAAACUAUAUUCAAUCUUGCAAUGCGAUACUGUGAUGAAUAGAUAACCAUCCAAUGCGGAGUGUCG